CUAAAAUAAGUGAUUCAAACUUCAAAAUAGAUUCAAGUGUUUUCGUACGCUUUUCUCUUGAAAUAAUCCCGCCAAAUAUUUCAUCUAAAUUUUAUUUUAUUUUUUAUUAUAAGAGAAGUUCCAUAAAGCUACUGUAUAAUAAAUAAAGAUAAAAAAAUCUCGACACCAACAUUCAUUCUUGUAAUCAGAUCUAUCUUGUUUCUCAAUUUCAAAUUUUCCCAGUCAAAUUAACAUUGCAGUUGUUUUGUGUAAAAGGUUGAGGGAGGGACUAUCCGAAUCAGCAAAAUGUAUGGACGAAAGGCGUCUCAACUCGUAAAAGAAGUCGUUAGCAGUGAACCCGGACAGCUCUCAACCUUUAAUAAUGAUCUUUUUGCUCAAGUCAUCGAAGAAUGUAAUCAGCAUAUUCUUCAACUGCAAGCUCUGUUUAGAAAGAUGCAAGAGGAAGGAACAAGCAAUCAGCCAACUAAAAAUCCUGAUCAUUGUGGGGCACUUUUUCACCAUCUCACAUUGGUCCGAAAUAAGCGUUGUCUCAUGGCUUAUGUGUACAAUCGAGCAGAAAUUAUUCAGAAGUUGGUGUGGACCAUCAAUAUCCCCGGUGAAAUUCAGGAGAAACUUAGCAGCACGGAGAAAGAAUAUUAUGAUAAACAAAAAAAUAUUCUAGCAAAAUACAAGCACAAGUUGGAUAUCGAUAUGUCCUUGGACCUGGUGCCACCCAAAGAUCCCUACAUCAAGGUGAGGGUUCUUGAAGAUAUGGGUGAUUGCUUUUUUGGUGCUCAAGCAACUAAGGUGGCAAAGCAUGCAAUUCUCUUUCUUAGGCGAACUGAUGUAGAAAGUCACAUUUCCGAGGGUAAAAUGGAGGAGCUCACCAGUUGACAUGUACCUUUGGUCUACCCAAAAGCCUCUGGAGGUUCCAUGUAUAAUUUAUUAGCUAAUUGAGUGGCAAGGUACGUACCAUGUUCAAAAGAAGGUGCAUCAACCAAUAUAUCUGUGGAGAAACAUUGUUCAUAAUUAGACGUUUUAUACAAGUCUCAUGCAAGUGUAAUGUACUCAUAUUAUUACUUCUCCGGAAUGUAUCUAGCUAUUAUUUCAUUAAUAGAUGUUCCCUUUUCCCAUAAAUU